CUAGACAUUAUAAGGAUUUCACUAUUUUCCUUUUAAAGGUUACUUUUGCACUUUUUUGCGUUAUACACUUCUUUUGAAAUAUUAACAAUUUUUUAUAUUUUUACAUAAUUUUUAUUAAUUGCAAUGGGUGAUAGUAGCAGUGAUGACGAAAAUGCUUGGGUUUUUUAUAAGGAUAGACCAGAAUGGAAAGAUGUAGACCCUGUACCACAAGAUGAUGGCAAUGCCGAUAUUGCAGCUAUACGAUACACUGCAAAGUUUAAAGAUGUUUACGACUAUUUUCGAGCGGUGUUAACAAAACAAGAAAAAUCUGAAAGAGCCUUACAGUUAACAAAGGAUGCUGCAGAACUAAAUCCUGCAAAUUACACAGUAUGGCAAUUUAGACGAGAUAUUCUCAAAGCGUUAAAUAAAGAUUUAUACGAAGAAUUAGAAUAUAGUCAACACAUAAUUGACGAACACCCAAAGAACUAUCAAGUGUGGCACCAUAGACGUGUAUUAGUUGAAUGGCUUAAAGAUGCUUCGAAAGAGUUGCACUUGACAGAACUAAUUUUAAAUGAUGACGCAAAGAACUACCAUGCUUGGCAACACAGGCAGUGGGCGAUUAAAACUUUUAAUUUAUUUGAGAAUGAGCUUGCAUAUGUUGACCAACUUAUUCAAGAUGAUAUUCGUAAUAAUUCUGCUUGGAAUCAAAGAUAUUUUGUGAUUAAUAAUACCUCAGGGUUUACUUGUGAGGUACUAAAAAGUGAGAUAAAAUACACUUUAGAGAAAAUUAAGAUUGCUAAAGAAAAUGAAAGCGCCUGGAAUUAUUUGCGAGGUCUUUUACUGCAUGAUAAAGAAGGUUUGAGUAAAAAUGAAACAGUUACGAACUACUGUGAGGAGUUGUAUUCCUCUGGAAAUCGUUCACCAUUCCUUUUGGCAUUCCUUGUGGAUAUGUGUGAUGAACAAGUUUCUCAAGGAGGAGGUGACAUGAGGUACACGUUAGAGAGAGCUGAAGAGUUAUGUAAUAGUCUAGCAAAUCAAUAUGAUAAAAUUCGCACAAAGUAUUGGCAGUACAUGGCUGAGAAAAUCAAAAAUAAAGCGGAGGGUAAAUCAGAACCCAGUCCACCUAGUGAUGACAGUUAAAAUUAUGAACGUCAAUUAAUGUUGGAUAUUUGCUUAAUUUGUAUCUGUGUUUUGAUGUUGGUGAAAUUAUAACUGGUAAUACAUCAAAUAUACUGCUUAAUGUGAUGUGUCUAAAAUAAAGAGUAAUGGUGCAUUGUUAAUUACAUGUCAUAUUGCAUUCCCAUAUGUUUUGAGCUUUGCAUGUACAUACUUAGAUAAUUGUGAAGCAUUUUUAAAAUCAAAUAAAAAUGUGGUUGACUUCA